UCUCUCCCCAAGUAGAGGCUGUAUCAGCGGUCACCAAAUGAACACUGAAUGAUUGUUCGCAGUCACUCCUCCUGGCCUUUAUUCUGGGCUGGGAUCAUUCUAAAUUUUGCUUCCCUCUUGUCUUAAUCUUCUUCGGGCGCAUGACGAUAAUUGGUUAGGCGCAAUGAAUUUGUCUCUUAUCGAUCCCUUCGUCCUGGCGCAGGACUAUCCAGACACACUAACCGAGAAAUUGAGAAGCGGUCAUGCGACGUGCCUACGAUUCAACCGCAAGGGAGAUUAUCUAGCCUCCGGACGAGUUGAUGGUACCGUAGUCAUCUUCGAUUUGGAGACAAAUGGCGUUGCGCGGAAACUACGGGGCCACACCAGGCAGAUUCAGUCCUUGAGCUGGUCAAGGAAUGGUCGGUAUCUUCUCAGUUCAUCCCAAGAUUGGAAGUGUAUUCUAUGGGAUCUGAAAGAUGGCUCCCGAGUACGCACAGUCCGUUUUGAAGCUCCUGUAUAUAUCGCUGAAUUACACCCUUAUAAUCAUUUACUUUUCGUUGCCUCUCUCUUCGAAGACCAACCUGUUCUAGUCGACAUUUCAUCUCCUAAGCCCAUCAAGCGCAUUCUUCCCUCGGCUCCGUUUCGACCCCCGCCUCCUAUAUCCGAAGAAGUUGAUCCCGCCGUAGCCGCAAAGCAAGCAGCCCAAGACGCGAAACACUCAACAUGUGUUACUAUUUUUACAGCAUUAGGAAAUCAUAUCAUAGCGGGUACAUCUAAAGGGUGGAUCAACAUCAUUGAGACACAAACAUGCGCCACAAUUCACUCCACUCGUCUCUGCAAUGGAGUGGUGAUCUUACUUCGCCUCGCUAGCAACGGCCGGGACCUGCUAGUUAAUAGCUCCGAUCGAGUGAUACGCACCAUCCUCAUGCCCGAUCUCUCCCAGUUGGGCAUUGACUUGGAACCCGCCAACAUCAAGCUUCAGGUCGAACAUAAGUUUCAGGACGUGGUCAAUAGACUAAGUUGGAACCACGUCACCUUCUCUUCAACGAGCGAGUUCGUCACCGCAUCCACCUUCAUGAAUCCUGACAUUUACGUUUGGGAACGAAGCCACGGAUCCCUGGUGAAAAUUCUCGAGGGCCCUCGAGAAGAACUGGGCGUCGUGGAAUGGCACCCUUCUCGCCCUAUGGUAGUCGCCUGCGGUUUGGAAUCGGGAUGCAUCUACACAUGGUCGAUUGUGACGCCCCAAAAAUGGUCCGCCCUAGCGCCUGAUUUCGGCGAAGUCGAGGAGAACGUCGAGUAUGUUGAACGCGAAGACGAAUUUGAUGUUCACCCCGCUGAAGAAAUCCACCAACGUCGGCUUGAUCAGGAAGACGAAGUUCCCGACGUGCUGACGGUCGAGCCGCACAAGAGCGGUACGGAUGAUGAGGUGGAAUCUUUCCGCAUGCCUGUUCUCCUCGACAUCUCCGACAGUGAAAGCGAAGAGGACAUCGUUGCCGUGGGGCCCGGAACAAUGCGGAGGCGCAGCCCCGGCGCUGGCCGUGAUGCCAACGGAGAUGGGGAGAAAGAAAGUUCUGGAGGUAGAAACGGUAUCUCUCGGGGUCAGAAGGGUCGCCGACGUUGAAAUGAUGCCGCUGUCCGAGUUCGCGUUAUGGAAUUACCUAAACCAUUUACCGGAGCAUUUGUCUUUUGGAUCACUGGGUUAUUGUCUUAAGGUUAUCGGGGCGUUUGGCAAAAUACCCAGAAACUGGUAUCUCAUACACUUAUGUUAGCUGAUUGUAGGGACCUACUAAAAAGAAAGAUCACAUGGAUGACGUCUUUCCGUUGUAUUAUAUAAAAUUUCUUUCUCUUAUAUAUAUAUAUAUAUAUAU